AUGGGGGACGAGGGACACCUCGCUCCUCGCCAAAUAUGGGCCCAGCCAACAUCGACUACCACCAAGAGCUAUUAUCCAGGGUGCACGCCAUUUUUGCUCCCCAGUGAUGGCUACAUCUACAUAAAUCGCUCCUAUUCGAUCUCUCUGAGCGAAAAUGCCGUCUUCGAUCCCUUAUGCACGAGUUCCCCGACAGCAACGGCAUCAUCUGGCCCCGUCGCCGUACUCGACACUCGCGAACCCUUUUACGCCUCGGUGACGCCGCAGUUAUAUACGAUCGGAUGCGCAACGGUCGUCAGCUAUCUUCUCGUUAUCAUCCUCCUCAUUACGCCGCGAACUUUCUACGUUGGUGGACCGGGAGGUGGCGCCAACUUUCUGGGUCGACACGGCAUGAUCAGCAGCUCCUAUCGCAACAAUUCGUCUGUCGUGGGUGUGGGUGGGCGCCCGUGGCUGCAGAAAGUCGCUGCACUUUUAGUCGCUAUAUCUCUCACCAUCGCCACGGCUGAUUCGUUUCGGGUGGCUGAGAGGCAGUAUGAAUACGGUUACUCGGACGCUGAAGCGCUCACCUCGGAAGUCAUCGAUGGGCUAGAAAUUCGAGUGGUUCGAGUCAUCUCCAGUACAUUUCUUUGGCUUGCGCAGGUUCAGACCCUUAUCCGUCUAUUUCCCCGACACAAGGAAAAGAUCAUGAUCAAGUACGCAGGCUUUGCGCUCAUUGUCCUGGAUACUAUCUUUAGCAUCCUGGAUAAAUUUUUGGUGAAAACGAACACGACCCGACCCCGGCUUUACGAAGAUGCCAUCCCCGCGCUCAGUUAUCUUUUUGAGCUUGCUCUUAACCUCCUCUACGCCGCCUGGGUAAUCUUCUACUCUCUAUCGAAACACCGAUUCGCCUUCUUUCAUCCGAAGAUGAGGAAUAUUUGCCUUGUUGCUCUUCUAUCAUUAUGCGCCGUUCUUAUCCCUGUCGUUUUCUUUGUCUUGGAUAUUGCGAAGCCCGAGGUGGCUGGAUGGGGUACUUAUAUUAGAUGGGUUGGAUCCGCCGCGGCAAGCGUUUGUGUUUGGGAGUGGGUGGAGCGCAUUGAAGCGCUCGAACGUGAUGAGAGGAAGGAUGGCAUCCUGGGUAGAGAAGUCUUUGACGGAGAUGAAAUGCUGGAGGUCACCCCUUCUGAAGAAGUCGAUUGGCCCCGGCAUCACUUCCACGGCGGUGAUCGGGGCGGGGGUACAGCCACAUCCUCCGGCUGGGGAGGAAUGAUGGGACUGGGACAUCGACCAUUACGCCCUCGAGCUGGCCGCAACAUGCAACCUCAACUUGGCAGUCAAAAUACUGCGGCAACUGCUCAUGCACAUCGGCAAAGACUAGCGCGACCCACGCCGCCACCAGCAGCUGUCACUCCUAUCAGUCGAGCGGACACGACCAGUGCCGCGAGCACUGUCUAUAAUGUUCACUACCACCCUGUUUCUAGCCCUACGCCACCAGUUGCUAUGCCUUUCAUGGAAGAAGAAGAAGAAGAAGAAGAAGAAGAAGGGGAGGAAGAGAAGGAGUUGACUACGGUUGACGCCCAACCAGACAUACCGACUCCUGACAGGGGGUCUGCAGAUUCCACCACGAGAGAGAACUCCCCCCAGAUUGUGAAUGUCGACCAGCGAUGGCGGACUAUCCUCAACCCGUUCCGAAGAAGACGCGGGUCUCUGCCGCGAGAAGUUGCCUCCGCGCAGGCAGAGGAAGAGGGCUUUUUGUCUGAGGAGGAGCUAGAUUCGCAUUUGGAUGACCUAGAAGAACAACGGCAUACCUCGCGGCUGCGACCUAAUCUCUUCUCGUUCCGUCGAGGCCCAAACACUCGAGCGGCCCGACAAGGCUCUGCCAACGCUCUGCCGGUGACUGUUAUUCCGGCUAGACGCCGCGGCCAACAUACAUGGUCCCCACCUUGGUUCACGGAGUCCAGUCCCGAGGACCGGGGGGCUUCUGGUGGACGAGCUUCUUGUCGUCGGGGUGAUUCUCAGAUGAAGGUUAUUCGGCCGCAAGUUCAAACAGCUGCGCCCUGGACGGCAGCAGAUGUACAAGGCGAUUUUGGUGGUAUGGAUUAUGAACUCCGUUACGACCCUGAGGCGGCGGCGCUCGUCGGCCCAAAGGACCAUCGAUCCGACCGCCAGACCUCCCAAACAGGACCGGAGACCGUGGUAUCUCCAGCUGUAUCCGACGAGAGAGAUGAUCAUCUUGAGGUGCAGUCGAGAGAAGGGCGAGCAUCUCCGCCUCUGCAUGAUGAUUUACAGGGACAAUAA